CUAGAAUUGACUAAAAGUAUUUAAGCAUUAUAAAUUGCUGGUUUAAAGAUCGCUUUUGAAAAAAAAAAAAACUGAUUAGAUAUUUCAUAAUAGUUAUUUGGCAACACUGAUAAUCUUUGCCCCCCUCCACUUCUAUCGGACCAGUUCAUUCUCAUGGUCUUGGCUUGGGUUAUCAUACGUUAUCAAUUAAAUACUUGUUCUCUAGAUAUCCGUAAUCUUCGAUUAUAAUUCUUCUCUUAGAUACCUCCCUUUGAAAGCAGAAAUAUCCUAUUCAACAAAAUGCCAGAACCAAUUCGUGUUAUCGUUACCGGUGCUGCUGGACAAAUUGCCUACUCUCUAAUUUAUCAGUUGGCUAAAGGAGAUGUAUUCGGUGCUGACCAGCCGUUAUAUUUGCAUCUUCUCGAUAUUCCACCCAUGAUGGGUGUUUUGGAAGGUGUUGUCAUGGAGAUUACAGAUUGUGCUCUUCCCUUAGUCAAAGGAGUUGUUGCUACAGCAGAUUUAGCGGUUGCAUUUAAAGAUGUUGAUGCUGCAUUUAUGGUCGGAUCAAUGCCUAGAAAACAGGGAAUGGAAAGAAAAGAUCUUCUAUCUGCUAACGUUAAGAUUUUUAAGGAACAGGGAGAAGCACUAGAUAAGUAUGCCAAAAAAACUGUGAAAGUGUUAGUGGUUGGUAACCCUGCGAACACAAAUGCCCUAAUGUGUGCCAAGUACGCCCCUUCGAUUCCAAAGAAGAACUUUAGUGCCAUGACAAGACUCGAUCACAACAGAGCUCAGGCAGCUCUUGCCCAGAAACUAGGAGUAGGCGUUGCAGAUGUGCAAAAUGUUAUUAUUUGGGGAAAUCACUCUUCAACUCAGUUUCCUGAUGUUGCUCAUGCUUCGGUGUUGAUCAACGGUUCAAAGAAAUCUGUGUCUGAUGCUAUCAAUGACAAGGAUUAUCUGCAAGGAGAUUUUGUCAAAAUGGUACAAACCCGAGGUGCUGCCGUGAUAGCAGCACGUAAGAUGUCGUCUGCCAUGUCAGCAGCGAAGGCUGCGGGAGAUCACAUGAAAGAUUGGUGGUUCGGUACAGCUCCAGGACAGCACGUUUCGAUGGCUGUGAUUUCUGAUGGGUCUUACGGUGUUGCAGCGGAUAUCAUGUUCUCUUUCCCAGUUUCUAUCAAGCCUGGUGGUGAAUACCAGAUAGUACAGGGCCUUCCAGUAAGCGACUUUGCUAGAAAAAUGUUAGAUAUUACAGCGGAAGAACUUCUCGAAGAAAAGAAAGAUGCUUUAUCCUUAUGCCAGGAUUGACUAGAAGUCAUUGUUCAAAAAAUCAGUUCUAAACUUUAAAAUGACUGCCGGCAUUAAGAAAACAAAUUCUCAAGGAGAUUAUUAAUUUUUAAAUAGAUAUAUAUGUGUGUUUAUCUAUGUAUGCAUUACAUUAUUAAAUACUAUAAAUCAUCAUAGUAAACUAAUAAAUGCAUGACCAGAAUAUUUCUUAGAAGUGAUUCUAAUUAAUAAUGAUUAAGUUUAAUAUAAAUGUAUUUUUAUAAUUCUUGGUUAUUUUUAUUUUUUAAUAAAAGGAGAUAAGGACCUAAGGUGUUGGUUGAUUUUUAAAUUUUGAGAGAAUGAAGUUUUUGCUUCUUUAUAUUUUUAUUUAAUAUUUUUAUAAGAAUGAGUUAAUCAAAAAUUGUAAAAUAAUAAAAAGCUAUUUUUAGUACAAGUUUUUAUUUAAUUUUAAUUUUGUAUUUAUUAAUUAAAAUCAAUCAUAUGCCCUUCCAUACAAUUGGAGUCAGUUUGAAAUGUGAGAACUUUCA